UCAAGCGAGAAAAUUGUAACCUCCAAAGAGAUCAGCACCUUUGACAAUGCACUUGUGUUUUUUGCCGACGGUCGUGUCGUGCUCGUUCCUGGCCGAUCAUCGAUAUGGAGAAAGACGCGGUGCUGGUGUGUAUAAUCCUGGGCUUCCUCGGCUCGGUCGCCGUCACCCUGGGGUUCGUCGCCAACUACUAUAGCUCCAAGUCAGUGGCGUACGACGGGACGCACUGCGUGUACAGAAGCCCGCCGGCGAUCGGGUGCGGCAUCCUGGGGGUGUUCCUGGUGCUGAUCAACCAGGUCAUCGUCGCCGCCUACACGAGCGGCGCCUGGUGCCUGUGCUGCUGCCCCUGCUGGACCAAGCGGCGGCGGGCGGCUCCGCCGUCCAAGAGGCGCAGGCUCGGCAUCAUCCUGUCCAUGUUUUCCUGGGUUCUCACGAUUGUGGCAAUCGUGAUCUUCAGCCUCGGCGUAUCGGAGAGCUCACGAGAGGAGCCGCCGAUUUCUAAAACUCCCACUUCGUACGAGUGCAGGGACCCCGACAGGAUUGGGAAUUUCCCAACGGCAUCACUGUCCUCUCUCAUCGCCGUGGUGCUUGGGAUCGCUUCGUACGUCUUGCUGGAGACAGCGGCGCCGGAGACGCCGCCCCACGGGUUCUUUGGGCUGGAGAUUGCCGGUACGAGUACGGGUAGGGGGCAGCAAAGCCAGCCCCAAACUGGACCGACAACUGGUGCAGAUCAGGAAGCAGAUCACAUCUCUCUGGCCACUGCGGUUUGAGAACGGCGAGUCAAUGACGUAUAUAACUUAUAAGCUCAGUGAUGUAUUCACGACUUGCAGUAUUAUCUCCAUGUAGUCUUGUCGAGAACUUGAAAGAUUUUCAUUUUCUUUACUGAUAAUUGUAUUUCCUGUUGCUAUAUUACAAUAUGCGGAUGGGAA